CCCUUAUCCUCGAGCCCAAACUGCCGGAGCGCAAACGCGAGCUGAGAACGCAAACGCGAAGAUGGCGACGAUGUCCCUCGCCGCGGCCUCACCCCUCACCUCCGCUCCCCGCGGCGUAGCCGUAUCCACGUCCGGCACGGCAUUUUGCGGCCUGCGCGCAGGCGGCGCAUCCGCGGCGCGGUUCUCGGGACUGGCGGCGGCGCCACCGGCGUCGGGGAGGGGCGAGGCGGCGGUGGUGAGGAUGGCGAAGAGGGAGCAGGAGUUGGAGGAGAUACGCGCCAUGGAGACGGAGAAGCUGGAGGAGGAGGUGGUGGACCUGAAGGGGGAGCUCUUCCUGCUCCGCCUCAAGCGCUCCGCGCGCCAGGAGUUCAAGUCCAGUGAGUUCGGCCGCAUGCGCAAGAGGAUUGCUCGUCUGCUGACUGUAAGAAGAGAAAGGGAAAUUGAACAAGGAAUCAACAAAAGAAUGUCUAGGAAGCUUGACAGGAAAUGGAAGCUCGGCAUUGUGGUUAGACCACCACCAUCUCUAAGGGAGAAAAAGGAGGACUAAAAACUAACAGAGCAGGCAAUCUACCCAAGUCAGUUCCAUGCAAUGUCUUGAAAGAAGGUUUCUUUCUGUUUGUGGUUUCAUCCCUUAUCGUGAUUUGUUCUGUAAUUCAGAGUAACAUUUUCCAAGUCCUUGCUGCCAGAACCAGAAGUUCUAUUACCAAUUCCUUUUGUAAAUUCAGUUUGUUUGGAAGUUCUGCCUCUCUGUUCUAUCCAUGUAUGCUCUUGUUUUCUUGCUGUAUGAACUACGCAUAAGGAGCAUGUGCUAUUCAGUUGUCAAGGCUAGGCAGCUCCCCA